AUGGAACUCGACGAGAUUAUCAAAGCCGACCCAAGCGAAAACGAGGAAAUUUUGCCAACAAACUAUGACGAUGCUUUGAAUGAAGUUGGUGUCGGGAAGUUUCACGCACUUCUGUUGCUAACAUGCGGGUUGUGUCUUAUGACGACGAUUAUUGAAACAUUAAACAUCGGCUUUGUCAUCCCGCUUAUUGAAAUGGAAUGCGAACUUGAUCUGACGUUGUCACAGAAAGGAAUUCUUAAUGGUGCAGCAUUUGUAGGUGUCGUUAUGAGUUCAUUCUUUUGGGGAUUUCUAGCAGAUUGGAAACGUGGAGGUCGUCAUAAAAUCAUGCACAUUUGUGUGUCUGCUGCUUUCAUCUUUUCAGUGAUGUCAUCUCUAUCGAUUAAUAUUUGGAUUUUAAUUGUGACGAGAUUUUUUGUUGGAUUCUUUAUUUCUGGAGUAGCUGCCAACACUUACGCAUAUCUUGCUGAAUUCCAUUGUGAGAAGAACCGUGCAAAGUACAUGAGCUUCGCUGGUAUUUUUAUGGCUUUUGCACUCACAUUUUGCCCAGCAGUUGGAUGGUUAAUUCUCACUUUUCAAAACAUCGCAAAGAUUUCUUUCAACAUUCCCUUAGUUGGAUUGACUUACACAAUUUGGCGAAUUUUUCUUUUAAUUUGUGCUGUGCCAAGUGGACUUGUGACGUUUUUAAUGUUCUUCCUUCCCGAGUCACCGAAAUUUCUUCUUGCACAAGAGAAACACGAGGAAGCUUUGAAGAUCCUGAGGGAAGUUUAUCAUCGAAAUAAAAAGACUGAUCGUGCAUAUCCCGUGACGACGAUCGCACUCAAUGAACUGAUUACGAGAAGGGAAUAUGAAAACUUUUCGUUUUUUCAACAAAUCUGGAAGCAAACAAAUCCACUCUUCAAGUCACCACUUCUAAUGAAGACGAUCAAGACGAGCUUUGUUAUGUUCAGCUUGUUUUCCGCAUCUUCUGGAUUCUUCUUAUGGACGCCUGACAUCCUAAACAAACUUCACGAAUAUAACAACGAAAAUUUUACUGUCUGCAAUGUUAUUGAUGAAGUCAUGAAAAUGAAGGAGUUAAAUGUGACAUUAUCAAACGAACUUUGCCACGUGACGCCAGUUGAUGCAACAAUUUACAAAAUAACUUUCAUGAUGGGAGCUUUCUUCUCAAUCAUUUAUUUCGUAAAUGGAGUUAUAAUUAACAGAGUUGGAAAGAGAAAUCUUCUUGGAGCUUGGUUUGUUUUAUGUGGCGUUGCUGGUGGUCUCAUUCCAUGGACCGCAGAUUAUUACAAAAUCAUCUUCCUCAUGUUGAUCUUCUUAACUUGUGGUGUUUGUGGAUCGAUAUUGUCAGCAAUUCUCGUCGAUUUAUUUCCUACAAACAUUCGAGCGAUUUCUUUAUGCUUUGUGCUGAUGAUUGGACGAAUUGGAGCAGUCAUUGGAAGUAUUUUUGUGUCAUUCAUGAUUGUUGCACAUUGUCAACUCAUGUUUGGUUUGUUUGCUGCACUUCUGUUAGUUUCUGCUUUAAUAUCAGUUCUACUGCCAGGAAAAUAG